GGCUGAGUGGCGCUAGUGUGUUUACGUUGAGAUGCUCACAACAAAGGACAGCGCACCGCGGAGAGGCUGUCAUCUAAAAUAAAACACCGUGGCUGUUUUCUCAUACGGCAAGCAGUUGUAAAGUCCAGCAGGGUUGAGAACACAUAACACAAACCCUUCGCUGGCUUCCAUUUUAUUUUUACGUGGUACGGUUUAAUCAUGUUUUGCGGGGUAAACCAUCGGAGAAAUUAAGAAUUCCGUUUUUUUUCCUUUUUCUUUUCUUCUUUUUUUUGCCGGUUGGACGUUAGCUAGUCUGCUAGCCCCAGCAAGUUGGAGUGAAAAAGCUAAGCAGCUCACAUCGUCCGCAGGUUUGGGACAAUAACAGGAUUUCAUAAUUUAUAUCGCAGACAAGUGGAGCUGCGAGAGACGGGCACAUGAAGCAUGAAAGGGUGGAGCUGAGGCUCAGCUGACCCUACCCCUUCCUUCUCCUCCUUUCCCCCGUGCACCAUUCGAUCAGCACCGCCCCCUCCCUUCCCCUCUUUCCCCUUCCUGCCUCCCGUCACCUCGUUGGAUUUCAUCCGUCGUUCGUCCCCCCUCCUCAGACCUCCAUCAGCCGUGCCCAAUGUAUUCCCCGGAGCAGGAAAACAUCUCCACCACCUCCUCCACCAAAGUGCCAGUGAAGUAUGGAGAGCUCAUUGUGUUGGGGUACAAUGGCUCUCUGCCCAACGGGGACCGAGGCCGGCGUAAAAGCCGCUUUGCACUUUGUAAGAGACCGAAAGCAAACGGAGUGAAACCCAGCACAGUUCACAUAGCCUGCUCUCCACAAGCAGCCAAGGCCAUAAGCAACAAAGACCAGCACAGCAUCUCUUACACUCUGUCUCGAGCCCAGACGGUGGUGGUGGAGUACACCCAUGACAGCAAUACAGACAUGUUCCAGAUUGGUCGGUCCACAGAGAGUCCGAUAGACUUCGUAGUGACAGACACGGUGGCUGGUAGCCAGAGUAAUGCCGACACACAGUCGGUUCAGAGCACCAUCUCUCGCUUCGCCUGCCGCAUCAUGUGCCAGCGCACGCCACCUUACACUGCUCGCAUCUAUGCCGCAGGCUUCGACUCCUCCAAGAACAUCUUCCUUGGGGAGAAAGCUGCUAAGUGGAAGACGUCUGAUGGACAAAUGGACGGGCUAACCACUAACGGCGUGCUGGUGAUGCACCCGCGCAAUGGCUUCACCCAGGACUCCAAACCGGGAGUCUGGAGGGAGAUCUCUGUCUGUGGCAAUGUCUUCACGUUGCGGGAAACCCGCUCGGCGCAGCAGCGAGGAAAGAUGGUGGAGACUGAGUCUCAGGAGCUCGUCGACGGCUCUCUCAUUGACCUGUGCGGCGCGACCCUGUUGUGGCGCACUGCUGAAGGCCUGGCCCGCACUCCCACCCUCAAGCACCUGGAGGCGCUGCGGCAGGAGAUCAACGCGGCCCGCCCGCAGUGCCCCGUGGGCUUCAACACGCUGGCCUUCCCCUCCAUGCGUCGCAAGGACACGCCGGACGAAAAGCAGCCGUGGGUUUACCUCCAGUGCGGCCACGUGCACGGGUACCACAACUGGGGCAACCACCGCGAGGAGAGGGAAGGCCGGGAGGGCCGCAGCAGGGAGUGCCCCAUGUGCCGGGCUAAGGGGCCGUACGUGCCCCUGUGGCUGGGCUGCGAGUCGGGCUUUUACGUGGAUGCGGCGCCGCCCACUCAUGCCUUUAACCCCUGCGGCCACGUUUGCUCAGAGAAGACAGCGGCGUUCUGGAGUCAGAUCCCGCUGCCGCACGGCACACACACCUUCCACGCCGCCUGUCCCUUCUGUGCUCACCAGCUGACUGGGGAGCACGGCUACGUCAGACUCAUCUUCCAGGGACCCCUUGACUAGCAGGAGAAACCCCCCCCCCAGCAUCCUUUUGGAGGAGGCGGGGCGAGGAGGUUUCAUCUGGACGCUGACUCAAAACAGGGACCUGCUCAGAUUUAUUUUCCUCCCCCCUGCGGUUAAGAUAUGAACUUUUUCUCCUUCUCAUUUUUAAGUGACCUUUGUAUUGCUUUUUCAUGAAUGACGACAAAGAUUUCUAUAUUUUCAUGUGAAACCAGAGAAAUGAAAACCAAACUAAGAACACUGCUGGGUAAACUUUUCUGCGUUUCCCGAAAAAGAACUUUCACAACAGUAUUUAUCUAAAUUACUAACAUGCCGCAGCGCAAACCUACGGUUUUUAUUCAUGUUUAUUGUUGCAAUAUACAUCUGUGUACAUCUCUUAGAGCUAAUUUAAACAAAGAUGUUUAUUUAUGUCCCAGAACCCACUGCUCCAUACUAUAUAUGUCAGCUAUGCCUGAAACUAUUUAGCAUCUUAAUUUGAAAGUUCAGUAUAUUGUUAAUCAGAUGUAAUGUCUUCUGAGGGUUUUCUUUCUCUUUAUCCUCGUUCGCCCUCUCAGAUCUGUUUGUUGUAUUUAUACACCCCGUCCCGACGUGUGCGCUCACAUUGUGUGUUGACCCUUGAGUUAUUCUUCCCUCUCAUUACUCACAUUCAAAGCAAUAGAUUUGGAACAGAAACCUCCUGAAGCAUUAUGGGAGUCUUUGCUGAGACAGCCUGAACGACUGCUCCCUCCCUUUAACGUCAGAGUGAAGCGUCUCUGUUAGCCACGACAAUGCAGCCAUGUAGCUAAUGUCACACAUCAUGCAGACACACACACACUAACCAGACCUGAUCAAACUCUUGAACUCAUUUUUUGGUACAGUUAUCAGUCACUUAUUGGUUAAUUCUGCUUUAUCACUGUGAUGCACAGUCACAGACAGACUGAUACGGUAACAGUAUUGUGAUCAGCAGUGAUCUAUUUACAAAUCCUUUUGUUGUGUGCCCCCUAUAUUAGGCUGAUGCACGAUGGGUUUUUAUUUGAAAAUCACAAAUUCAGACAAUAAUUUAAAAGGAUUGAAAGUGUUCAGAUCAAUUCAGGAAGUCCCGUUCACCUGAUACAAGACAAGCAAGCGACAAAACACACACACACACACACAAAUCUGUAGCUGUUUGACUCAGGUUUGACUCACACAGACACACUGACCACUUUAAAUUAUCUUUAUGGAUGUGUGUGUGUGUGUGUGCGUGUGUGUGCUCUCACCAGGGCUUCACAUUGGCCAGUUCAUUUCGUACACUAGUGAAUUCAAUAGAAAUCUUAUUGCGUUUUGUUUGUCAGCAUUAGUUUCAAGUGACUUUGACAGCUGUGUUUUUAUUUCAGAGGCUGUGGUUUGUAGUACUGUUGAAUUCUGUUGUACCAGCGCAUGUUUCUAUUAUUUUUGGCAAACCCAUUUUAUUGAGUGGGUUUGGCUAAAUAUCAGAAACUACAUCCUGCAAAAAUGGUCAUCCCAUUGAAUUACACGUUUCUGAUGCUGAAGAUUUAAUGUAGGACUGUUACAUCAGAAUGUGUUCUCGCUAGUGUACCUAAUGUUUUGGCAAGUGCGUGUUGAUGUCUUGGCUGUUUAGGGCCAACAAGCUCAAAAUAUCAAGGCUGUCCUCAUUUUAGUUUCUGAAGCAAAAUUUACAAGAUUAGAUUAUUUACAAUUACCAUUUUAGUAGAUUAAUUAUUCAAUAUUUACAAUUCGAACCUUCCUGUAUUGUUCACUUGGAGUUUAGUCUGUGAACAUGACACCGUUUGAAGGUGGUCCCAGCUAACGACACGUUACUCUAGAUUAAAAGAUUAGGUUUAGAGUUACUAAAGAAGCUAGAAUUUACUAAGAAUUUAGGAGUAAAUGGUGACACUUAGUCAGUCUGCGGAGGAAAACCAUGCCAUUUGAUCAGUCUGAUACUUUGAGCUUUGAAAGCACAGAUCCUCCCGCUGCAUACACAACACAUUCGACACUACUAACGAGACUCGAACUGUAGAAACCUGUGAAGCAGCUUUACUGACCAGAGUCUCAGGUCUGCAUGAGCUCUGAACGCGGUCCUAUCUGCAGGUAUAAGUUGUGUGUGUUUGUGUGUGAUUGUAAUUUAUGCAUCACGAUGAUUGUAUGUUUGUGUGUGUGUUCAUCUGUCCACGUAGUAGCUUUCCUCCAGACUGCAACACACUAACUCACCUCAGGGAGAAAACAUUGACCUGUGUCUCGUCUACACAAACACCAACAACUCACAAUAAAAAAAGAGAAGAAAUAUCUUCUGGACUUUUGGGUAUUUGCCUCAACUACACCCAGUCUUGUGUUGGUUUCAUUUCAUGGACUCUGUGGAUAAAGUGUGCGAUUAAGGGCUUCCCUCUGUGUCCACCCCAAUUUUUACGCGAUCACACACACACACACGCAUACAAGUCUGUCUGUCCGUCCGUCCAUCCCACUGUCCUCUGCUCUCCACGCUCUCCUAUCUCGAGAGUACUUGUGCUUGUAAAAGGCAAAGAGCAAAGAAUGUUUCCAGCAAAACACUUUUUUGUAACAACUUUAAACAAUAAAGUGUAAAAGUGA